AUGGCACCAACCAGUUUCAUCCUCGCCGAUGUGCGCAUCUUCACCGGCACCGACACCAUCGAGUCCGGCCACGUCAUCAUCAAGAACGGCCUCAUCUUCGCCGUGUCCGCCGGGCCACCACCGGCCGACGCCAAUGUCCCCGUCGCCUCGAAGCCGGGCCACACCGUCGUUCCCGGCUUCAUCGACGCCCACAUGCACGCCGACAAGGGCCAGGAGCUCGCACUGUACCAGUCCCUCAAGUUCGGCGUCACCACCGUCAUGGACAUGCACAACGAGACGGUCAACGUGCACAAGUUGAAGAAGCUCGCGGCCGACAAGAAGGACGAAGCCGCCGACUUCAAGGCUGCCGGCGUGGCGGCGACCAUCGAUGGCGGGUGGCCAAUGGCUGUGGUGACGGCACACGACAAGAGCGAAGAGACCGCCGCUGAAAUCGCAACCUGGCCCAAACUCACCUCCAUUGCCGACGCCGAAGCCUACGUCGCCCACAACCUGUCGCCCGCGGGCGGCGCCGACUAUACCAAGCUGAUGCACGAGUCCGGCGCAGCCAUAGGGCAAGCCUUUCCCAAGCCAUCGCUCGACAUCCAGAAGGCUGUCAUCGCCGCAACCCACGCGGCAGGGCACGUCGCCGUGGCGCACUGCUUCGGGCGGGCCGACACGCUGGAAGUGUUGUCGCUGGGGGUCAACGGGCUAGCGCACACGUUCAUGGAUGAGCCUGUCAGUCAGGAGAUCGUAGACGCGUACAAGAAGGCUCAGGCGUGGUGCAACCCGACUCUGGCGUUGUUGGGGAGCUUCACGAAGGAGGGGGCGGCGGUCGCGGAGCGGUUUGCGAAUGAUGAGCGGGUGAAGGGGAAGCUGACGGAGAAGGGUCAUGCGAAUCUGUGCCGGUGCAUGGGAUUUGCCAAGGAGGGGGCCACGGUGGCGAAUGCGUAUGAGACGGUGCGGAGGUUGAAGGCUGAGGGUGUGCCUGUUAUUGUGGGCUCUGAUUCGGCUGGACCGGGUUUGGGUACGGCAUGGGGGGCGACGUUCCACCACGAGCUGUAUCUGCUUGUGGAGGAGUGUGGCUUCUCACCGAAGGAGGCUCUCUACGCUGGAACAGCAUUGACCGCUAAGCUCUUUGGCUGGAACGACCGAGGGCAGAUUGCACCAGGACUCAAGGCCGAUCUUGUUCUGCUUGAAGGAAAUCCGUUGCACGACAUUGAUGCUACCCUUAACAUCAGGAAUGUCUGGCGCGAAGGCAUUCAGGCCAAGGAGUUCCAGAAGUACAUAUAG